CAUUGACCGAUUCCUAGUCAAAGGCAGUCGGUAGCCAUUGCCAUCAUAACACAGCCACCUUCCUCCAUUUCCACUAACUAAUUUUUAUAUUCAACUUCGUCUUCUUCCGCCUUAAUUAAUUCACUACCAGAUUCUACAGCUACUUCCACACUUCAAUCAAAAUCUUAAUCGACAUAUGUUUUAAUAGCUCCUUGUUUUUAAUACUAGUAAUUUGUUUUUUCCUUGAUAUAAACAAUCAAUAUUUUUUUGGCGCGUCUCAGACUUGGGGGGUGGAGUUGUAACCACCAUCUCUAUCAUCCCUUCCAUCAACCUGAAUCAUUAAUUGCUAAUCUAAUUUGACUUUCCACUGGUGAAUUACGAAGAAAACGAAAAUGGGAGCGCUGUGUUCGAAGCCGAAGCCGAAAUCGACGGCAAACCCGUACGCGGGCAGAAGCACGGGCCUAGAGAAGCAGUUUCAUCAGGAGCGGCGGCAGCGGCAGCGAGAGAUGCAGAGAGAAACCAGUAAGAUUGCGACAGCUCAGCCGACGGUGCAGGAGCCCGUGGAGGCUGCUAAAGAGUCGCCGAGGUUGUCGGCUUCUAAAGAGUCGCCGAGGAGUUCGGCUGCUAGGGAAUCGCCAAGGUUUUCGGCUUCUAAAGAGUCGCCGAGGGGUUCGGCUCGCUUCUCGACUGCCAGUGAUGAUGAGUUCUAUGAUGGGAUACCGCGUUACCAGAAGAGCUCAUCCUAUUUGAAGUCGAGAUCGUUGAGGUCUGCUAAGGUGUCAGAAGUGAGCUCCCGUUUAGGCCGAGCUGGCAGUGCUGGAUUUGGAAGGGCGGUAGAAGUUUUGGACUCACUUGGGAGCAGUGUGUCCAAUUUGAACAUUAAAGGAGGAUUUGUGUCGGGAGCAACCAAUAAAAGUAAUGAACUUUCUAUUCUAUCAUUUGAGGUAGCCAAUACAAUAGUUAAAGGUUCAAGCCUUAUGCAAUCACUUUCAAAACGAAGUAUACGACAACUGGAAGAAAUAGUGCUUCCUGAAAAAGGUGUUCAACAAUUAGUAACAAAUGACAUGGACGAACUAUUAAGGAUUGUUGCAUCAGAUAAAAGGGAGGAGCUGAAGGUUUUUGCUGGAGAAAUAAUCCGCUUCGGGAAUCGAUGUAAAGAUCCUCAGUGGCACAACUUGGACCGGUUCUUUGAGAAACGUAGCAGAGAUCGUACCCCUCAGAAGCAAUUGCAGGAAACAGCCGAAUCAGUGAUGAUGCAACUGAUGACUUUGGUCCAACUUACUGCUGAACUAUAUCAGGAGCUGCACACACUUGACAAAAUUGAAUUAGAAUAUCAGCGUAAGCGACUGGAAGAGUUUAGAUUCAAUGCUAUACAACGAGGAGACAGGGACAACAGCCUCAACGUUUUGGCUACGGAAUUGAAAAACCAAAAGAAACUGGUGAAAACCUUAAAGAAAAAGUCAUUGUGGUCCAGAACUAUGGACGAGGUUAUGGGGAAGCUUGUUGAUAUCGUGCUAUUUCUUAAUCAGGAAAUAAACCAUACAGUUUGGCAAUCCAGUGAGAUACCGGAUAAAGAAAUCAACAACAAUCGGCAAAGGUUGGGACCUGCUGGGCUUGCAUUACAUUAUGCUAACAUCAUUCUGCAGAUUGACUCAAUUGUAGCGCGUUCGAAUUCCAUUCCUCAAAGCUCUAGAGAUACUUUGUAUCAGGGCCUGCCACCAAACAUAAAAGAUUCUUUACGAUCCAAGCUGCAGUCUUUCCAUGUUGAGAAGGAGGUAUUCUUACUGUUUUUUAAGUGCAAAGAUGAGAUGGAAAAGACUCUACAUUGGCUUGUGCCCGUCGCCACAAAUACGGCUAAGGCUCAUCAUGGCUUCGGCUGGGUUGGAGAGUGGGGAAACACAGGGUCUGAGUCGAAUAACAGGGCUGCCGGGCCUAUUGAUAUAAUGCAAAUCGAGACGCUCCACCAUGCAGACAAGCAAAAGACGGAAGCAUACAUCCUCGAUCUCCUCGCUUGGCUGAAUUAUUUGGCAAGCCUUUCCAAGGCCGCUCUGAAAGGAGAAGGAGCUGUGAGGCCAUCGGUCAGGCCAGCUGUUCGUUCACCCCCGAACAGAGCCGAUGAGCAAUCUGCUGCAAAAGAUACGAGUCAAUCCCAACUUUGAACAGGAGCAGCAGAAGCCAGAGUCAAGGGUAAAAUAGUACUUUGACUCUCUUCUCGAAGAAAAAAACAUUAAGAAGUCCGAUGACGACUCUACAGAAACGCGCUCGUCGUCGAGUAGUAUCUCCAUAAAUUAUGGACAUGACAGUGAGAAAUCACUGAGUAGUGCCAUCACGAGUUAAGGUACUUGUAGAUAAUGUGUGGUGUUGUGGUUUGGCAACGAUUGAACCAUGCAUGAUGUAUAUAAGAGGAGAAUUGUACUCCCAAGGCCUAACAGUAGGUGGUUAAUACUCAAGGCCUGAGGUUUUGGGUUCGAGUUUAUCGUCGUGCGAUCUUUAAAUUUUUUUUGUUUACUUGUAUAAUUAAUCAAAAAAAAAAAAGAAGAGAGUUGUAUGCAACAUCCUCUGUUGCAAAAUCUUGUUGUGUCAUAGACGACAUGUGUAUUAAAUGAUGUUACAAAUAUGCAUAUGACCCUAUUGAGUAAUAUUAAAAUGUGAUAAGAAGCAAA